AUGUCCUUGCAGUUUAAUAGGCACUUGAAGCAAACUACUCUCUUGUGUUCUCAUAGUCUUCCUAGGGUAACCACCACUUCAACAGGUGCAGCCAUAUUCAACUAUUUUCUUCUCUUUCAGAUGGCUUUUAUGUCUGGAUUCCAGCGUAUGCUUCGUCACACCCCACUUCUUCAUUCCCAUCAUGCUUCCAUUCGUCUCAGCUCAACUCUCACUUCUCCCAAACUUUUCGUCAGCGGUCUCUCUAGACUGACAACAGAUGAAAAACUUAAGGAAGCAUUUUCUUCUUUUGGGCAGCUUGUUGAAGCCAAAGUGAUAACUGAUAGAGCCUCUGGAAGAUCAAAGGGAUUUGCCUUUGUGACUUAUACAACCAUAGAAGAAGCAGAAAAGGCGAGAGAAGGAAUGAAUGCUAAAUUUUUGGAUGGAUGGGUUAUAUUUGUUGAUCCUGCCAAAGCUAGAGAGCCUAGACCUCCUCAGCAAUCACAGUCCCACCCCUCUGAAUCAGGUUUCACCGUUAACAAAACGAUUGGGUGGUGUGGUUGA